UAUGACCUUUAGGAAUUGUCCAGGAAUCAAGAAGUGACCGCGGUCCUCCAGCAUCCAAUUAAAGCAAACAGUGUGAAUUGCUCCAGGAACUAUUGGGAAUAGGGUCAGCAUCUUUGACAUCCUGUGUGAAAGCACCUGUUACUAUUAGGAUUGACAGUAUCUUGCAGAAACAGUUGAAUUGGGUAAAGACAGUAUUGUAUUCCAUAUGAUCUAUUCUUCAUUCAGGAAACAAAAUUAAUUUCUACACUUGAUUUUAGUGCAGUGUAAGGGUGAUUGAACUAUGUACAAGUGCUAAUUUAAAUUAUUGGAAUAAAAAUUAUCCCAGAUUUCCAUUCUCUGCUGUGGAUAUAAUUACAUCUACAUGUUUAGCAGGUGGCAAUAUCGUGAGUAAUUACGUUGGAGGAAAGGUUGGUCUUUUUUUCUGCUACAGAUGCUGAUGACAAGAAUUUCGUUGUCAGGUUGAUCUAUAAACGGAGACACAUCAUUGUUAGUGGAAUUCUCACAGGAACUGACCUAUUAUAACAAUACUACAGAUACCUGAAGACUUGCUAAUUGUCUAGGAAACCUUGGGAAUCAGCUUAGAACCUGCUUAUUGGAGACUUGGUGUUUGUGGAAAAGAUUUAAGCACUGAUAUUGGUUUUUGUGAAAUUUCAGCAAUGAAAGACAUAUUCUGAAUUGGUUUUGAAAAGAGAUCUACAAGAAGACAUUUUCACAGAAAUUCUCUACAAAGAAUUUUAUAAUUUGUCCUUGGUGUGCUGGUAGGGAGGACAUUUUUGCUUCCUAGGGGGUACUAUUGUGUGGUCUUACAAGCCAGUGUGAAGUCAAUGUCAUAAAAGUAAUAUGAUAUCAGUCCACAUCUCUGGUGAUGGAGAAUAUUCUGUGUAAUAACAAGGACGUUUAGACUGCGAUGCAUUAAAAAAAUCAUCAAAAGUGAUCUUCCCUUAAGCUGCAUAAGCAGACAAUAAUAAUUUAACUAAAUAUCAGUUCAAUGCAGAGGGAAUUGAGAAACUGUGAUCCAAAAAAAAAAAUUCACACCCAUAGUGCCAAUUUGUUAUACAAAGAAGGCUGAGGCUUUGGCAGCAGAAUUUUUUUUUUAGCUUCUUAAUUCCACAUCUUGCAUUGGUAAACUAAAUAAAAUGGAAAGGAUGUGUUUCUUAGCUAGACAAGAGUUUGCUAUUCUUGAGUUUUAAUUCUGAUACAAAACACACUUUCCAUGUGUUUCAUAAAGUCAGAAAGAGGGCGAAAAUAGAAAAAAAGGAAACUGAUGUUCUUUUACUUGUUUGUUAGAAAGCUGUUUCUAACUUUAAGAUUAUAAUAAUGACUUCAUUGUAUUAGUCGGAAUUGAUGAAAUAUGUGUAGAGUUCCACUAUGAGACUAGGGCGCUCAGAAAUGCCGAUUCUUCAGCAGAAAUCGGGAAGUGGUAAUCCAGGUGGUUCUCGGAAGAACUCACUGGUUCAGUGUUUUACUCAGGGAAACGAUUCCGAGUCCGAUAUCGACUCGGACGAGGAUGCGGAAUUACAAAGAGUUCAGAAGGAGGUGGCCAAACGCCUGUCCUUGCCGGCAGACAUGAGACUACCUGGACAUUUUUUGGCUCGUCAGAGUCUCAGUCCGGAGAGCAUGCUCAGUAGGCGCUCACGGAGAAAAUCUCUGUCUGAAAUUGGUUUCGGGAAGAUAGAAUCGUAUACCAAGCUAGAUAAACUAGGAGAGGGUACCUACGCCACUGUGUUCAAAGGAAAAAGUCGACUAACAGACAAUUUGGUUGCUCUAAAAGAAAUCCGCUUGGAGCAUGAGGAGGGCGCUCCCUGUACAGCCAUAAGGGAAGUUUCAUUACUCAGGGAGCUCAAACAUGCCAAUAUCGUAACCCUACAUGACAUCAUCCACACAGACAAGUCUCUCACUCUAGUCUUUGAAUAUCUGGAAAAGGAUCUCAAACAAUACAUGGAUGACUGCGGUAAUAUCAUGAGUAUGACCAACGUCAAGAUAUUUUUAUUUCAACUCCUGCGAGGCUUAGCCUAUUGCCAUAAAAGGCAGGUCCUUCAUCGUGACUUGAAACCACAAAACUUACUCAUUAAUGAACGAGGCGAGCUCAAGCUUGCUGAUUUUGGAUUAGCUAGAGCGAAAUCUAUACCAACCAAGACGUACUCUAAUGAAGUAGUCACAUUAUGGUACCGUCCACCUGAUGUUUUACUUGGGUCCACCGAAUAUUCUACCCAGAUAGACAUGUGGGGUGUGGGGUGUAUUUUCUACGAGAUGGCCUGUGGUCGCCCCCUGUUCCCCGGCUCAACAGUCGAGGAUGAACUCCACUACAUCUUCAAGAUUCUGGGGACUCCAACGGAGGAGAAUUUCCCCGGAAUCUCUAAAAAUGAAGAGUUCCAAUCUUAUAAUUUCUCCCAGUAUGAAUCCGAAAACCUUAUCAAUGUUGCUCCAAGGCUAGAUGGUGAGGGAUUAGAUUUACUAUCAAAACUGCUUCUGUACGAGGCUAAGAAAAGAUCUUCUGCUGCUGAAGGAAUGAGACACGCCUUCUUCAACAGUUUCGGACCAAGUGUUCACAGACUGCCCGACACUGUCUCCAUUUUUACUGUACCCGGUAUUAUUUUACAUAAAGAUCCAGGAAUGAGGUCUUCUUCCCUGGCUAAUUCAGGGAAAAUUCGUCGCCAGAGUAUGUUGUUUUAAGUUGGAAGGAACUAUGAAAACCAGACAGUAGCAGUGGUGUUGUAGUGGAGACAGUCAUGUGAUCACCUUGUGAUAAAUUCUUAGCUGUUUAUUGUUGUGACCUUGUCAGUGUGAUAAAGAUCACCAUAGUAACCAAUAACCCUGUGGUCAUGUGAUGACAUAUUUACCCAGAAACACCUAUACUGUAGAAUGAAUGGCACUGAGUAAGGAGAGAUCUGAUUGGUCAGUGGUACAAAACUUUUAUCCAGUCAGAUUGGCUUUUUUAAAAGGGAAUAUGGAAUUGAGAUCUAGAAUUCAGCACAGCAUAUCACAGAUAUUACUUAGCAACAGGAAUAUUAGUCUAAUUCCUGAAUAGAGGUCUCACAUUUUGUAGUUUAGAUUUUUAUGGAUGAUUCACUCAUAUGUUGCUUCACAGUUUUGUGACUUGUGUAUAAAGUAUGUCUAAGAAGCAGGUUUUUCAUUUUACUUUCAUCAUCUGAGACUGGACCAUACCUCAUUCAGUGUAUCAACCUCACCAGAAUUCUGAAAUCAGGAUUUUUAUUGCUGUUCUUAGACCAAUUGAAUGUUCUUCGAGGCUAUUCUUAAGAUAUGUUUGUUCACCAAAUACUCCAUGCAGAGAAAAUUCUGAUAUUACCUUAAUACAGUAUCUCUAGUAAAAAAAAAAAAAGAAAAGAUGUUACCUUUAGUACUGGAUACUGCAAAAAAGGGAGUGACAGAAAGAAGCUUCUUUUUUUUUAAUUUUAAUUCCAUGCAUGAUGUCUGAGAAAUUUUUAAUAUUGAUAUUCAGAUUUUUGUUACAGAAGAAUAAUUUUGAAGUUGCCUGUUCAUGGUAUAGUGUGUAUCAUGGUGUAUAGUGAUUUUUUGAUGGUGCAUAUCUUUGAUUGUGAUCCGUUCUAUUUGUAGGACUAUGUCAGUGUGCUUGAAGGUUGACAUAUUUUGAUGAUGUGAAAGCUAACAAACUGAAAAGAAUAGUCAGGUCUGAAAGUUAGAUUUAACAAUGCCAAUUUCAUUCAGAUAUUAUGAUUUAUAUUAUAUGAAACUAAAGGAGAAAAUCUAAAAUAAAAAAUAGAAAAAAUAAAAAUAAUUCUUUUUGAUACCAGAAAGGAAAAUUAAUCUUUUAAGGAAUCUCUUAUAUUUGUUUAUGAUAGUCAGGGUAAAGAUAUGAAAGUGUUCAUUCAUUAAGAAACCAAAAAUGGAAACUGAGUUGAGGAAAUAUAUCCUUAUUAUAACCCUGAUCACAUUCUUUGACGGCGAGGAGGGGGUGGGGGACUCUUUAAAGCUUGGGCUGGAUGUUCAAGGGUUCAGGGAGUUACUGAUGGUUGUUGAAUUUAUUAAAAGACUCCAGUCAUAAUUUUAUUUUUAGGGAGAGGGCUAAAGUAGGCUAUGCCUGCUGCCUAAACCCAUUCACUUUUGUGAAUGAAAUAUUGUUUAAAUAAAAAAUAAAAUGAAAAUUAAAAAAAAAUUUAAUUUUAAUUUUGCAAUGCAAACUCAUUGGAAAAAAAGUUUAAAAGCAGUAUUUAUUUUUUUUUUUUCCAAAAAUAGUCAAAAUACAUGACUGUAUAAUGAUUUAAAAAUAAUGUUUGCACGAUAGGGUUCACAUGGUUCAUGGCAUAUUUUUCUUGAAGUCAAAAGGAAUACUUAUUUAAAGAAGCACAGUGUAUCUGCAUGUCACAUUACUAUCAGUUAUACUUUAUGUGUUUAUUUUGUACAAUAUGGACUGAUUCGCCUAUCAUGACAUUUUUUGUUGAAAAAAAAAUGACAUCAUCAGUUGAUGCAUACUCACAUCAUCAUUUCAUGUGUACAUUUUUUUUUUUCUCUGGUGCCUAAACAUGUGCAUUCAUUUGUCAGUGCCAUUUCUGUAACAAAGAAUCAGGUUGAUUUUGUAAAAGCAUUUAGUUAACAUAUAUUUUAUUAGGAUAUCUAUAUGCAUUAAAAUUACUCAGCCUGAAGAGAGAA